UCAAAAAGCUCACACCACUUUCCAACAAUUUCCUAUAACCAAAAUACAGCAGCCUAAGACAGCCUACGCCCACCCCGCUCCCCACACUCCCGUCCAGGUACACUUCUCUAAUUUUCUUCAUUUUUCAUACUUCAAUUUCAGCUAUGGAGUUUCAAAUUCGAUCUUUACUUGUCGCUACUCUCUGAUUUCAUUCUACUUUCGAUCCUCUGUUCAUUUCGCCCUUUUCGUCUUCUGUUCAAAAAAAAAAAAAUGGUUAGGGUUUUAGAUUGGGGAUUUCUUCAUCACUCCCCAAUUCCAUUAAUUGCAAAAAACCUUUGAUUUUUCGAAAAAAAUCGAGCAUGUCUUCUUCUUCCUCUGCUGUUUCAGACAAGCCCAGGCUGCCAUCGAAGCCUCUGUCCUGCUUAAUCACCUUCUCCAUCUUCUUACUAAUCUCAUCUUCCUUUUCUCUGCUCCAACUCUCCCGCACCUCAUCGUUCCUCCGACUAAUCGUGCCGCCGCGUACCAGUUCCCAAAAUCCGUCGAUCAAUUUGAGGUCCGAACAUGGCAGAAUUAAGGAUGUUCGAACAUCCUGCAACGACGAACAACCUCUUCUUAGGGUUUACAUCUACGAUUUGCCCCCCGAUUUUCAUUUCAAGCUCUUGGGAUGGAUCCCCAAUGGCGACGAAACAUGGCCUGACGUCAGCGAUCCAAAUCGGAUUCCGACAUAUCCCGGCGGCUUAAAUCAACAGCACAGCGUCGAGUAUUGGCUGCUGCUCGAUCUGCUCUCUUCGGAGAUUGCCAAUGUACUUAGAAUCAGACCGUGUACCGCCAUUAGAGUGCUGAAUUCGAGCGAAUCCGACAUUGUCUUCGUCCCGUUUUUCGCGUCGUUGAGUUAUAAUCGGCAUUCGAAGAUUCAGGAUAAUCAGAAGCUUAGCUUAGACCGGCAGCUGCAGCGACGAUUAGUCGAGUUUUUGAAUGAUCGAAUAGAGUGGAAGAAGGGUCGGAAUCAUUUGAUCGUCGCGCAUCAUCCGAAUAGCAUGAUGUUCGCGCGAAACAUGAUCGGUUCUUCGGCGACGUUCGUGCUCGCAGACUUCGGGAGGUAUCCGUCGCAUAUUGCCAAUAUGGAAAAGGACGUGAUUGCGCCGUAUAAGCACAUGGUUCAAUCGGUUUCGGCUGCUAAUUCCGCGCCGUUCGAUAAAAGGCCAACUUUGAUUUAUUUUCAGGGCGCGAUUUAUCGGAAAGACGGCGGAGCGAUUCGACAAGAGUUGUACUACCUUCUAAAAGACGAGAACGAUGUGCAUUUCUCGUUCGGGAGUGUUCAGGCGAACGGCGUGCGGGAGGCGGGUGAAGGGAUGGCGUCAUCGAAAUUUUGCCUUACGAUAGCCGGCGACACGCCUUCGUCGAAUCGAUUGUUCGACGCCAUUGUUAGCCACUGCGUUCCCGUGAUUAUUAGCGACGAUAUCGAGCUACCGUUUGAAGACAUUCUCGACUAUUCAGAGUUUUGCGUUUUCGUCCGAGCGUCCGAUGCUGUGGAAAAGGGAUACCUUGUGAAGCUUCUCCGAGGAAUCGCCCGAAAAAAAUGGACUAAAAUGUGGGAGAGAUUGAAGGAAGUGAGUCGGCAUUUUGAGUACCAAUACCCUUCUCGACGUAACGACGCUGUCGACAUGAUUUGGCAGAGCAUCGCGCGAAAGGCGAAAUCAAAAUCGAAAUUGAAAUCGACGCAGUUGUUUAUUCAUAGGAAGAAUAGAUACCGGUCGAAGAAUUUGUAGCAAAUCGAUCAAUUAAAGAACUUGAAAUCACUCGACGAGAAGGUAAAACGGCUUCGUUAGGGUAUAUACCGUUUUGUCGAUGAUAAUAUAUGUCUCUUGGUUGUGUUCGAUCUUCGAAAGAUGUACGAAUAUCGCAACUCUUUAUAAUCUCGAUGAUGUAAGGUCAUCGAUUAUGUUGGGAGACUAUAUUAUACGUUAUUAAUACUAGUUCUGUCCGGCUCUAAGGGUCUUAUUUA